GCUGCUGAUCAACUGAACGCUGUCUCCGUGUCAUUCCUUCUUCGCUGACUCCGUCCACACCUUUGGGAACCCCUGGACCUGCUGGGGCUGGACCCCAACAAUGGAAGGCAAGUACAUUGCCUCAACACAGCGACCCGACGGGACCUGGCGCAAGCAGCGGAGGGUGAAAGAAGGCUAUGUGCCCCAGGAGGAGGUCCCCGUGUAUGAGAACAAGUAUGUGAAGUUUUUCAAGAGCAAACCAGAACUGCCCCCAGGGUUGAGCCUCGAGGCCAUUGCUCCUGUCAACCCAUCAAGGUCUGAAGGUGGGGAACCAGGCCUCUCCAAGACAGCCAAACGCAACAUGAAGCGGAAGGAGAAGAGGCGGCAGCAGCAAGAGAAAGGGGAGGCAGAGGCCUUGAGCCGGACUCUGGAAAAGGUGUCACUGGGAGAGACAGCUCAACUCCCCAGUGCUCCACAGGGCUCCCGAGCAGCUCCUACAGCUGCCUCUGACCAGCCUGACCCGGCUGCUAUCACUGAGAAGGCCAAGAAGAUAAAGAACCUAAAGAAGAAGCUUCGGCAGGUGGAAGAGUUGCAGCAACGGAUCCAGGCUGGAGAAGUCAGCCAGCCCAGCAAAGAGCAGCUGGAAAAGCUAGCAAGGAGGAGGGUGCUGGAGGAGGAGCUCGAGGACUUGGAGCUCGGCCUGUGAGGCCUUUGGGGAAUUGGGAAUGGACUAAAACAAACCAUGGGGCUUUCUGGGGUCCUGGGGAACAUGGCA